AUGGGGAGCCGUUGUGUCCGGGGACCCUGCUCGGCGCUGUUCCUGCUGCUGCUGCUGCUGCUGCCUCCCCCGCUUUUUAGAGUAGGAAGUUUCCAGCACCCAGGACCUGGCUGGAGAAUCUUCCACCACCUGGACUCCAGAAGGGCCCAUCACCGCCACGGCCCAGGCACCAGGCAUCACGGGCGCCAAGUGCAAAACCAGCCAUUUUGCAGGGGCAGAUUUGACCUCUACUACAUCCUGGACAACCCGAAUCUGCGAAUGUCCUUCAUCACCUUCUCUACAAAAGCUGAAGUCAACAUCUGGCUCACGCCAGACAGAGAAGAAAUAAGGAAAGGUCUUGAAAAACUUGAGAAGGUGGUUCCUGAAGGACAUACAUUCAUGCAAGAAGGAUUUAAAAAGGCAAAUCAGCAGAUUGAACAAGCCAUCUCUGACGGUGAGUGCCUGCUGCCUGCGUGGCGGUCAGCCGACAAGGUUCCCAACAUGGUUAUCGCUAUGACUGAUGGGACGCUGGUGCCAAAUGCAUUUCAGAUGACCUUGGAGCAAGCUGACAAGGCUCGGAAGCUGGGGGCGUACAUUUACACUGUGGGUGUGGCCGAUUAUAGCAAACAGCAGAUAAGAGACAUUGCAGACAGUGAAGCCCACGUGUUUGCAGUGGACAAUGGCUUCAAAGGCCUGAGAUCCAUCGUUAUCCCGCUCGCUAAAAAGAUCUGUACUCAAGUCACAUCUGUGGUGCCUUCCACUCUGUGUGCAGGAGAAUCCUACCACGUGGUUGUUCAUGGACAUGGCUUUCUGAAUACAAAGGGGAAGGACCAAGUUAUUUGCCGAUUCAAGUUUAAAGGCAAAGUUGUUGAUGAAAAACCAAUCAAUAUGGACGAGAUUUUCGUCACUUGCCCUGGACCAAACAUAGAAAAUUCUGGAGAAAAGGUCUCUGUUGAAGUCAGCCUGGACAACGGCAACAUCUUCCACACGAGUGAGAAGGCCAGCUUCACCACCACCAGCUGUAAGCCGAAGAAACCACCUCCACCACCUCCAAAUACGUGCCCCACAGUGAUUGUUUAUUGCUCUGGGUGCAAAGGAGAGCGUGGAGUGUGCGGGAUGCCAGGGUUGGAGGGCAAUCUGGGUACCUUGUGUGGCCUCGCUCAGCCCAGCUGCAACCAGGUGCCAGUGAUGUGGUGUCCGUGCAGGUUCCAGGGGAGGUGCCUCAACUUCUGCCAGAUGCAGCCCCAGUGUGCACCCUGUGGCCCAAGGAUCUGCCUUCGACACAGCCAGGAGUGCCUUCCGCUAGCGCAGGCGCCCUGCGCCUCAAAGAUCUGCCUUCCUCCCAGCCGGGAGUGCCGCCCCCUCACCUGCUCGUCCAGGUGCUGCCACCUCCCAGCCAGCUGCUCCAGGCCUCCCUCCAGGAUGCUGUCGCUGCUCUGUCGCCCUGCCCCUGCCCGGGCACCCUGCAGGCCCCUUCUGUCCCUCCCACCCCCAUAG